CUUUGGUACCUAAUAAAAAGAAGAGUGAUAAUAAAGUUGCAAAGAAGAUGAGUUGGCAUGAUUUACCUUAUCAAGAAAUCACACCUGAAGUUAAAAGAGAAAUCCAAGCCAUGAGAUUACAUGGUACAUUGGAUCCUAAAAGAUUUGUUAAGGGUGGGAUUGAAAAAAGGUUAAAAGAACCUAUACCUGAUCGAUUUCAAUUCGGUCAUAUAAUUCCUUCGGGUCAAUCUUCUUCUACUGCCAAAGAAUCUAUACCAAAGAAAAGAUCUUUUGUUGAAGCACUUAUUGAAGAUGAAGAAGCAAAGAAAUGGGCCAAGAAGAAGUUCUUGAAUGAUGUUCAAGCUAAAGGAGCAAGUGGAGGUAAAGUGUUUUGGAAAAAUUUAAAACAAAAAAGGCAAAAAAGUUGAAACAAGUAAAGAAGGAAAGGAUUUCUGGUUUCUUUUUUAAUUGAAUACUUUUUUUUUGGUUUGGAGAUAAGUGUUUGAGAUUGGGUGAAGGGUUUUUGGGGGGUAUGGGAUGGGUUUUGAUUGAUGGACAAUAAGGGUUUUUUGUCAACAAAAGUCGAUCAACCUUGAACAGUUUUUGUUGAUUUUUCUUUUGACAAAAUUGUUUAAAUUUGAACCGACAAAAAGAAAAUGAACUUGGAGCAGAUUUUUC